AUGGAAAGCGCCACUAUUACAGCUCAGGCUCCUUCUGCCCCUCUUCAAGAAUACUUACUCCCCAUCUCCUCCCCUUAUGAUCCCACUAAGAAUCUGAGUCCUGUCACGGUCAUCGCCAGAAAUUUUGCCUUUCUUGAUCCUGAAGGAGAUAAAGUCGGUUCGCGAGACCUGGCAAAUUCUAUCCCUAUAUCUCCAUCAUUGAGAAGGGUUCCUUGGCCUAGCAACCUACCAGGCUGUCGACAGAACAAGCAUUGGAGAAUCGCUGAGCGUAUGACCCGGGACUUGUUCGAGGCCAUUUACAAGCACGUAGAUCAAGCCCAGGAUGCAUCAAACAAGCUUCCGCUUCAGCUAUAUGAGGUUGGAAAACAAAAGAUGCAUAAGGAAGCGGAACUCGUUGGCACUGCGGUGAAAUCAACGGCUUAUAUGUUUCCGGACGCAAGUCCAGCCAGGGCUGGAAUGAUUGCACAAUCAAUGCUAUUAAUAUUUCUGCAUGAUGAUAAGGAAUACUUGGCUAAAUCCUUCAAAGACGUUGUUGAAGAGUUCACACAGGAUGCUGGAUCUACCAUAACGAACAGCUUCAUGAUCGCCUGGAAACAAGCCCAGAGUAAUAUUGGUGAAAGCUCUCAAGAUUAUAUUCAUAGUCUCCUCGCUGGAUUUAUCGAUGAAGAUCCUAUCCUUGGAAAGAAGCUUUUAGAGGGUGCAUUCUUGUGGGUUGAUCAUACCAAAGAGUACGAAUCGGUGCCGACCGAGUCGUUACGAGAAUAUCUUGAUUACAGGUCUAAAGAUAUAGGGACAGAUCUGUUGCUAGCUCAAGCUGCCUUCGCCGCCGACAUUUCUUUGUCUGAAGCCGAAAGAGGGAUAUUUGAAAAAUUCAUUGGCCUUUUCGCGGAUCACAUCUCCUUGACGAAUGACAUUUACUCAUUUGAGAAAGAGUGGAACGAGCAUGUCUCGAAGGGAGCUUACCUGGUCAAUGGUGUUGACGUAGUCCGCCGCCUACACAAUAUUCCUGUUUCCGCUGCAAAACAAUUUAUAUGUGAAGAGAUAUUGAAGCUAGAACAACUACUGGCCUUGGAAAUUGACCAUUUGAAGCAAGACGUGGGCUUAAACAAGGCCCAGGAACGGUUUGGAGAGGCGUUGGCUCUCUGUCUGGCGGGUCAUAUAUUUUAUUCUGCGACCAACGGACGAUAUGGUGGGGCCGAUUCGGCCGCUACUGUUGAGUAG